UUUGGCUCAAGUUAUAGAAGACCUGAGACUUUUUCAAGGGGUCAAUUUUCAAGCUCGGCCCCCAUGACUGAGCCAAGCCUCAUGGAGGAUCCAUGCGCAAUGGAUAGUUGGGCGGCUCUACAUCUUCCGUCCAUCGAGCUUCUCCUCAGCGCAUCGAGUGAUGUUUUUGAGGACCGACGAUCGACAGGAAUCGGAGAUUCCAGAGGAUCCUUCUUCCAAUCUGUUCUGAAUGCGGAGCCUUUUUCUCCAGGCCGGGCACAGCAACCGGAGGACCUGUGCUUUGGACUGCAACUUCGCGAAGGCUUGGAAGAUCUCUACAAACGACCGGCCCGUGAUCUCCACUCCGGCUACUGGACGCUUGAGCAACCCAAAGAGGUUGGCUCCGGAACUGAUUUGUCUAAGAAGCCUGUACUCAAGGCUGAAGCCGAGGGCACCGACGGCGGUGCCGAAGGCAGAAUGAAUGGCCGGAUUGGGCACAAGAAGGUUCUAAAGAGGAUCAACAUCCAGGAGGAAUUCGGGCAGGUGCCGUGCGAGAUCACCACUGCGAUGAUCAGGAACGUCCCAAAUCAGCUGAAUCGAAAACAAUUCGUGGAGCGGUUGGAUCAGCUGGGCUUUCAUGGGAUGUAUGACUUUGUAUAUGUUCCGAUCGAUCGAGCGACGCGCAUGAAUGUGGGCUAUGCAUUCGUGAACUUUGUGAAUCCUGAUUCCUUCAGGCUGUGUCAGAGUAAAUUGCAGGGCAAGAAGUUCCUGGAGAAGGAGGAUGGCGACAAACGCCGAAGUGGCAAACCCAUCAUUGCUCCCCGGCCACACAAACGCUUUGGGAGGCCAGCCCCCAGUUGCACCCGAGGCCAGAAUUCACAUGCGACAGGUUUCAGCUGCACAUGUGCAAGGCUUGGAGAACAACGAGCGACAUUUUAAGGAUGCCGCGGUGGCUCACACGCUUCAUCGGCCCGUGAAAUUCUCGGCCGAGCCGCGUUGAGGUGCCGGCGUCCGCGCUCAUCGCUUCGCUACGCCCUGCUUUGAUGGCUUCCGUGCCGAAUGCUGCCCGCACAUGUGGAACAAAAAGAGGCACUCAACGAAUCAGACCCGGACCGACUCAAGAGUCCAUGAGAGAACGACAAUGAUCCAAUCAGGUUUGGGAUGGACAAGAG